AUGAAAUGGCUCUCGGAGUUUGUGCAUUCACUGGGAUUAAAAUUUGGAAUCUACCUGGACUUUGGAACGAAAACGUGCGGAGGCUAUCCAGGAAGCAUGGAAUUUCUGCAAUUGGAUGCUAAAACUAUGGCCGAAUGGGGCGUUGACUACGUUAAAAUGGACGCCUGCUAUAGCGACACUAAGAUUCAAGCCAAUGGCUUCGCAGAGUUCGAGCACUACUUGAACGCCACGAACCGACCAAUCGUCUUCGCAUGCAGCUACCCAGCCUACCAGGCGUGGAGGGAUGAACCGGGACUCAAUUGGACUCAACUCUCUGAAAACUGCAACCUUUGGCGAAUGCUUGACGAUGUCCAGGACUCCUGGGUGUCAGUGAGAUCGAUAAUGAAGCAAUACGAAGCCAAUCGGAAGACCCUAAUGCCGGUCUCCGGUCCGGGACACUGGAACGACCUUGACAUGCUGCUAGGAGGCAAUUUUGGACUCUCAUUGGACGAGACUCGAGUCCAGUUCGGCAUGUGGGCGAUGCACGCCGCACCCCUUAUCCUCUCCGUCGAUCUGGCUGUCAUGCGACCCGAUGUUAAGAAGAUUCUCCAAGCAGAAGUGGUCAUUCGUGUGAAUCAGGAUAAACUCGGACUGCCGAGCGACCUCAUUAUGCCCGAUUUAGGCAUAAAGGUUUGGAGGAAAAAGUUGGCGGAUUUCAACCAAGGUUGGGCUCUGGCCUUUGUCUACCUGAAUGACGAGGCUGGGCAUCCCACAGCCCUUGUAACCAGCCUCAACGACCUCGGAAUCCACGGAAAGGACGCCGCCUUCAAACUGAUCGAUGCGUUCACCGGGGAGGAAGUUCUCACCACAACUGCUUCCGAUCCUUUCGAGGUUCGGAUUAACCCCAGUGGAAUCGUGAUGCUUGUCGUUCAACCUCUCUGA